CAUAAAUGUGUUAUGAAAUGUGAUUUUGGAUUGUACUAAUUUUGUAAUGGUGCAAUUUCUUAUUUUAGUUGUAUGGAAUUCAAUAAAUUCCGCUCUCGCGCGUGUAAAUUACGCCAAUUAGUUUUAGUUUUGAAGUACCCGUGCCAUAUGCUGUGUGAAACGAGUUGUGUGAAAUCAAAUAAAUUCCGCACCAGCAUUGCCUACGAGUACCUAUGCGACGGUAUUCCGAUCGAUACCGACACGUUCUUUUGUUUGUAUUAACUUUAUAACGUAAUUACCGUCUACGGAGUUCUUUGCCCCCGAUACUUGUCAUCCUGAGCACUCUACUAGAAACGGAUCACUACGAAAGCAUAAUCAGAGAUUUGACGUGUACAAAAUGCAGUAAGUACAUGAAGCCGCCCAUCCACCUGUGCGUGGACGGGCACAGCAUAUGCGGACCGUGUUAUAACAAGAGCUUCCAAUGUCAUGUUUGUAAGAAAGAAUUCUCUCCAAUCCGCUCAGCGGUACUGGAGUCUCUAGCGAAUAAAGUACUGUUUCCUUGCACCAACGCUGGAUGUCCGAAGCAUGCAACUCUUCCUCAACUAGAGAGGCACACACCACACUGCCAGUUCCGCAUCAUAAACUGCUUCAUGGCUAGAGUUUACGGAGAAUGCACAUGGGAAGGCCGCGCUGGGGAAUGGAUGGACCACUGUUUCUCAGAGCACAAGUCUCGAGUAACCGACCUGCCAUUCAUCACAGUCAAGGACAAAUGGGACGCGAAGAGAACCGAGCCAAUCCUCAACUACUUUCUGCUGAGAUGCUUCGAUAAAGUGUUCAAUGUUUAUCAAAUUUAUGAUAAACGAGGAGGCAGAAUGAUGUGGACGGUGCUGGUAAACGACGAAAAUGCUGAGAAAUAUUAUUUUGAAAUCGACAUUUUCCUCCCAAAUCUUCCAAGCAAAAGGAUUGUUUACAGACGCCCUUGCAAAUGUGAAAAAGACGCUGAUUUUCUAGAACACACACAGAACGUGUACAUUCCUGUAGAAAAUGUUUUCUCGAUGCUUGACGAGAGUGAGUCGACGAAUUUUAUUGUAAGGAUUGGAGAGGUAGAAAACUUACCGCUAUUAGACACGCCUACAGAUAGCGAAAGUCGUAUUCUACUUAAUGCAGAAGAUCACAAGGAUUAGCAAAAUAUAUAGUCAAAUAUACAAGGUCAUUUUGAUAUUGCGUUACUAAAUGAAACCACCUAUUCGUCUUUAACUUUGCUAACACUGUGCCAGGAAUUAUCCAGGAAUAAGUGUAGAAUAUUAUCGAAAAAAAUCCGGUUUUAGUUUUCUGAUUUAUUGAUCAUUUUAUAAUUUAGUUCGAACAAAGCGUAAAUGUGUGUUUCUGACGUAACGUAUAAUUUUCCGCUCUUACAAAUUCUCUUCGUAUAGUAGUAGUGGCCUUAGGAUAUAUAAAGUUAAAAUUACUUUUUAUUCAUAUUUAUUUUGUUCGAAACAUACACUUUUUUAUUUUACAUCUAUGAAUAGAAUGACUUAAGGUAACGUGUUAGUAUCAAGAAGAAAAAUUUGCUUUCAUUUAUUAACGCAACGUCAAAAUGACUACGUAGAUAUUUACUUCAAAUUACGUAAAUUUAAUGAAAAUCCUAGAACAUCUUUUAUGCACCAUACAUUGUUCUAAAUAAAAUGUUACUUUACAAAAACGGUCAAAAAAUUGUAAUGUAUAAUACAAGUUUUAUAUAUUAGUUUAUUUAAAACUAUUAUCAAUGAUUUUUUUAUUUACUUAGAUUACCUUUUUUUUAGCCAAUACCUACAUUUAUUAGGGCUUUUAGAAUUACAAAAACGACUACAUAGUGACUAAUUACUGUUAACAAUGUCUGAAAACAUACUUUCUUGUUUGUUAUUCGAUAGAUAGAAAAUAUAAAAGUACGCUUUGUAAAUUAUAGAUAAUCGUCGUUAUAUGUUUAAUAAAAUAAAUUUUGUACUUUCAUUACUUUCUUAAAACCUAGAGUCGUAGAUGUAAUUAAAGAAUUAUGAACGUU